CGUGUCAAAGAUACUUAUAGAGCUGCUUCCCAGGCAGCUGAAAUAGACCAAUGCGUAGCGGGGUGAACCUGCCGUGGCAGCGAUGGGACGAGCUCGGAGAAAUGACAGCCUGUGCAGGAAUUUAGGCUGAACUGCAUCCCAUCACAGAGAGGACCGCGCGGCUGCCGGCUCGCUCGCCCUGUGUGUGACUAUGUGCUGGCAGUUCUCCAUAGAGAGCCGCUAUGUUGUUUUUUCAUAUUUAUUUAUUUUUAAAUGUUUAGAAUGGAUCCGGUGAAAUGGGUGCUAAAGUUGACCCGGCGGUGUCCUCUGGAUGUUACGGUGCUCGACUAGAUCUCAGUGCUUGUGGAAAUGCUACCUCUCCCUGUGGGACGGUGAAAUAAUAAUUUUUCGGCGAUAGACUUGGGGGAGAAAUAACGGGAGCCGGCGUGAGGGAGAUAAAGGAAUUACCUCUCUGACCGAGGAACUGUGAGAGCCGCUGUUCACUCUGAAUUUUCUCCAGGAUUUCGCCCUGCUGAAGACACUGGAGACUUUCCAGUGAACUGUUUUAUAGGUAGACUUCUUCUUUUUCUUCUUCUUUUUUUUUUUGCAUGUUUUUUGUCGGUUAAAAAUAGACCACAAUUCAUGCAGUUGCACAACAUGAACCUUUAAUCCACACAUGUUGUAUUGACGUAAAAUAUAACGUCCAGAAACGCUGAUGAAUCGUUAAUUACACUUUUUUUUCUCUUUCUUUUUUUUUUUUACAUUGAGGCUGUUGCGGAUUAAAUGCACACUAGGCAGCUCUACUCAAUGUGAGCGUCACAUCUGACCUGCCAUUUGUCGUUAAUAACUGUCCGGCUUACCAUUUUUUCAAGUAAGAUUUGUCACCAGCUGGAUGUCUAUAGAGCUUUAACCAUUAGAUGAUAGUCCGUGGAUUAGCCUCUAAUGAAAUAAAGAAUCACACAAAAGACAAUACGACAGUAAGAGGUAACACUAGUAGUUUUUGUUAAUUAUUUAGCUCAUAAUUAACCUGAACCUUUUACGCGCAACUUUCCAAUGGAUGCAUGUUUGCCAGAUGGUCAAGUCUUUUUGCAAUAGAGCACAUUUAAGAGACAAUGGCUUGUAUCUUGACAGCAUGAAAACAUCAAUGCACGGAUAAGGAACGGUAUUGCACCUGCGCUUGUUUGCUGAAGUUGGGUUUACGCACCGGAAAGCAUGCGCUCUACGAAUACAAAGACUUUCUAAGCCGGUCUUCUUCUUCUUCCUCUUCUUUUCUGAAGUAGUUUUGGAUCAAAGAUGCAUGGCUUUUUUAUGAGACAGUCCUCUGUACAUAAACACUUUCCAUUCUGGUAAGCUUUUCUUUUUUUUUUUUUUUGGUUGAGGGAAACAUGAUGAGGAUCCAACUGUGGUGAUUUUCUUGCUGUUUCCAUGCGUCUUUCUUCUCCCCCAGACCUCUGGACGUUGUUGUGGAUUGUGUUGCUGUUUAAUGCAAUGGGCUGUAUCCAGAGUAUCAGGUGUAAGCCCAAGAGUUUCCGAGACAGUAUCAUCGUCCUGGAGGUGAACACUUGCAUCGAUAACAACCCCACCAGCAUCGACGAAUCAAACAGCGUGGUCCUGCGCUACCGGACACCGCACUUCCGAGCUCAUGCCCAGGUCCUGGUGCCGCCAGUGGCCGGGCAAGAGACAUGGACCAUCGGCUGGAUUCAAGCGUGUAAUCACAUGGAGUUCUACAAUACUUAUGGAAACAAAGGGAUGUCGAGUUGGGAGCUCCCUGACCUGCGUGACGGCAAGAUCCAAGCCAUCAGUGACUCGGAUGGCGUCAACUACCCAUGGUACGGCAACACCACAGAGACCUGCACUAUCGUAGGCCCCACCAAGAAGGACAGCAAGUUCACCGUCAGUAUGAACGACAAUUUCUACCCCAGCGUGACCUGGGGCGUGCCGGUCAGUGACAGCAAUGUGCCUCAGCUUAGCAGCAUCCACCGCGACCAGAGCUUUACGACCUGGCUGGUGGCGAUCAACCAGGCCACCUCAGAGACACUCGUCCUGCAGACAAUCCGCUGGAGGAUGCGGCUUCACAUCAAAGUGGACCCAGAAAAGCCUCUGGGUCACAGGGCCAUUCUGAACGAGCCCGUGGCCCAGGAACAGCCCCAAAUCCUGGGCAAGAAUGAGCCCAUCCCCGCUAACGCCAUGGUCAAGCCCAAUGCCAAUGACGCCCAGGUGCUGAUGUGGCGGCCAAAGAAUGGUGACCCCGUGGUGGUCAUCCCACCCAAAUACUGACCUGUUUCACUGACCAGACUGGCCUUGGAUACUUUAACAGUAUCAUCUCUUAUUUGUUCUCUUUCUUUCGUUCCUGCUCUUCACCAGCUCUCACUGCUUUAACCUUUCUUUGACAUACGUUUUCUUCCAUUUUUGCCUCCUUACUCUCCUCUCUUACAUUUUAAAACUACUCAGAGAGAAAAACAGACAGAGACAAACGAAACCAGCUCUGAGAAAAAAAAAAAAAAAAAGACCAGCUGUUGCUAUGAGGGCGGAGGCUAGUUAAACAUACAGUACUUUUAAAACUGGAGUGAACAAACUGCAACCAUUCUACCUUCAAACUGGGUCGGGCCUCACUGUGCUAAAUGAAGUCAUUGCAAAAAUAAUAAACAAGGGUAUUUCUUUGUUUAGUUUUUUUAAUUUUAUAUUUUAUAUUUUGGCUCUUUGGGUCGAGUGAUACGAGGUUUGUGAGUGUGGGUGGAGUAUUUACAUGACCAUGUCUGCUACUACAUGGAUAUGCACAAAUGUUGUGUACAUAUACAGUGUUUUUAUUUAUGGGUUUGGAGAGAGUGCAUUUUAUUUUGUUUGUUGUUGUUGUUGUUGUUGUCGUCGUCGUCAUGUGCUUUACAUGGCAAAUUGCAUUGGGUGACAUACUAGAUUUUAGUUUAUUUUGUUUUUAAAACAUGCAAGACAUUCAAUCCAUGCUGCCUUAAGUUUACAUUGCUUUCCACUGCAAACUUUUUAGCCUUAAACAAAGUGCAAUGCAGUAUUUUGCUCAUUUGUCCCCUCUCUUCCAGACUGUUGUUGCUGGCAUGUGUGGGUUUAGGACAUGAGUGACACCACAGAAGAAGAACUGGGUCUGAAAUUUACGCUUUUUUUAAUGUUCAGUUGCAUUUACUUGACAAAUGUAUUGUCUCACAAGUACAACCAGCAUUAUGUGUAGACACAGUUAUACAACCAGGCUAACUAGUUGUGUUUCAAGUGCAUUAUGCAACAGAAGAGAUGCUCUGUGCGGACGGACAUACAGAGAACACCAGUUGAGCCAACCCUUGUCAAUAGCACUAAACACAUGAAACUCUACUUCCAACAACAACUUGAGCAAAAGGUACUCAAAAGCAAAGUUAACCUCAUUUCAUUAACUUUAUUCUAUUUAAUGGCGGCCGUAGCAUUCGACUUCAGAAGUUCGUCAAGUUUUCCUUUCUCUGUAUCACUUCAUCUCAGGGCCCCUCUUGCACUUCCUUCCCUUCUAUUUUGACAUCCAUCCUGUCUUGCCUACUCUGUCUUGCCACAGUGAGCAAGUGUUUGCGUUGCUCACGUUGAACAAUCAAUACUUUAAAUUAAUAAGCAGUCAGAAAAGGGAAAUAACUUUUAAUAACUGGAGUACAAGAACAGCAGGAUACCUAUGCCCUAAUUUUUGUCAUCCACUCAUCUGACACACUCACUCAUCAUUACACAUUGUAUUUAUUGUUGUUGCCUUCCUUUAAAUCAUUAACAUCCACUUUCUUCUAUAUUUAAUUUCUACAAUAUUUAAUUCCUCCUCUCACCCCUCUCCCCUGCCUUCCCCUCUUCUUUCUCUCACUUUUUAUCUGUUGUCGAGGCUGAAAAGCAGAGCAGGAGGCAUGCAAGUUUGAUCCCAACUGCUCGGUUGGCAUAUAGAUGACCCACUUCCCUGCUUUGCCAGUUGUAGCUCCUGCUGCAGAAAUGUGGGGCUCGUCUCUUUAUUUUACCGCCAGCAAAUGUGAGACCGAGACACACACACACGCAUAAACAAACAGCUCUGGUCAGCUAAAUACCAACAUUAAAUGAAAUAAUGCCCAUUUAAAUGUUAAUCUUUGAGCAUGGCUUCAGCCGCAAAAAUGAAAACUCUUUUUUUUAAAUCUGCUAAUGAGCUCUGUGAGUUUGUUCUGUUAAUGGCCAGUUUUUUCAGAGGCUUUCAGAGCUUUGUAAUUUACAGAAGCUACAAACAUUUUUGCAAGUUCACUGUGCUCACCAAGUCCCUGUGUUUUGCCUCCAACCAAAGAAAAAAGAAAAAAAAAAAAUUUGCAUGCAAGUCUGAUCUGCUCAUGUAUUUCACAAAGAUUUGUAGGCUGCUGUUUCAGUGUAUUAGCAUCUCUUUACUACUGACUGAACAAAGCAUUCACCCUUCACACUUGGUUCAGAUCACAUUUCUUUGUGUCUUUUAGGAUAUUCUGUCUGUUUUACCAUUACAAAACAGAAUUAUUGUGUGGCUUAACUCGGCAGAGCCUGCAUGUGGUUUUAAGAUUUUUACCAAAACCUUAAAGAAAUAUUCAACAUUUUGGGAAAUAUGCUUAUUUUCUCUCUUGCUGAGGGUUAGAAAAGAAGAUUAAUACCAUUCUCACAUCUCUCUGAAGAUAACAAUAUUGUAUCGUCCAAAACGUUUAAACAUUUACUUAACCAUGUGUGAAAUGGUUUCCAGUUUAAAUCUAAUGGUAUGCUAGUUCACUAGAAUGACAGCCUUACUUUCUCUGGAGAAUUAGCUAGCAAAAGGCUCCGUUGAUAUUAGAAUUACAUUGUAAGCCCAUACAUGGCUUUAUCAGACACCGCUGCUCAACUCGGUUAAUUCGUAACCGCGAUGGCCUCUGCCCUGGGCCGAGUCCCAGGGUGUCGUAGUGAUGGGAGAAGGAGAAGAGAAGUAAGAGGCUAGUUGGGUGACUGCCGUCAUAAUUAGAUCUGCAGUGACACACUUACAUGCCCUAGAUGGACUGAACUGUGCCGAGUCGUGCUGUGGACGCAAGGGCCAGCUAGAGUCAUGGGUGAGGUUUAAGUGAGGUCAAAUAGCAAAGGUCAGGGGUGGCAACGUGUCCAUGUGAGAGGAGCCACCACAUUCCUAAACUAAACUGUGGACAGUCGAGUGGCCAUGAGGGGAAUAAAUAUGAAGGUGACAACAAACUGAAUCCAUUUAGAAAAACUGGGGCUCAUGUUAAGAACUCAAUGACCUUUCACUUGACCUAGCGUGGGGACACGUUUGUAGCGUGGACUGCCUCGUAAUGUCUUACGAUGACCUGCGGGAACCGUGGCUAGUAUUCAAGCCGGACUACAUGUAAUGUAAUUAAACCUUGACACGCAGAGGCCCGCAAGGUGUGUGUGUGCAUGUGUGCGUGUGUGUUGUCAUGUCUGUGUUAAAUCCCAUUGGAGGGAUUUAGGGAGGAUGAGGAGUUUCACUGAUGCACUUCUGCUGUUGUUGAGUCAUGAUUCUCUCUCUCACACACACACACACACACAUGUGCGCACACACACAAACACACACACACACACACACACACACACACACACACACACACACACACACACACACACACACACACACACACACACACACACACACACACACACACACACACACACUGCAGGAAAGGUUACGCCCUUGUCAUAAAACAGGGACAGAGCUUGCCCUCACAAACAUACACACACACAAACACCCUAAGGGGAAAGGAGCAGGCCUGGUGUGGUAUCUGAUUGUCACAGCAGUGUCACAUUGGCAGUGUGAACUCAUUUAUCAGCCAUGCACGUGGACCGUCUGAACACAUGCUACGAAGCCAUAUGCACAGACACACCUUUCUACUAACAAACAGGAAAUUAUAUAUGUAUCUCUUUUGUUGAUAAACGAGAGCAAUGACAUUUUUAUAUGAAAAAAGAAAUUGAAGUACUGAAGUCACUGAGUGGGUGCCUGUCAACUAUCAACGGCGUUUGAUGUUAGGAAAAGGGCACUAAUUGUCUUCUCGGUGUGUGUCUGAAUCUGUUGACUUUGUGUUAAUGAUGUGUAUUUUAUCUUCGCAACGCAGACAGACUGCAUAAAUGCUUUAUGUGCUUCCUUAGCUAAGCCACAGAAAAACAAAACUGCACGUUGUUUGUUUGCUGUAUGGAGGACAAAGAGUGCCAAAAUUGGACAAAGCCAAAUCUAUGCAGUAUAAUAUUGUUAAUUCAAAAACCUCUUGGCACUUAAUAACAGGCCUGUUUUCAGUUUGUUUUUGAUAAUUCAAUUAGCAUAUUUGUAUUUCCAGAGAAACAUCACAAAUGCAAACGUAGCCAUGUGGGACAUUAUUUGUUGUAGUGUUUUGUGCUCGUACGGCUGUGCCAAGCGAUCAAAAGCCUCCUCUCCUAAACCCACACCAACACAGAUCUUCUGAGGGCUGCUACCUUUGCUUCAGCUCCUUAUGGAGUUAUUUAACCCUCCUUGAGACAUCCCUUUUUUAUACCAAUAAAACAUCCCAACUUCACACUCAGGACCAUCUGCCUUCAUUUCCUGGCUUUUACUAUUGGUUUUAUCCCGUGAAAAAGAAAAAUUGAUGUUCCACAUGUCGGGUUCAUGUUGCUGUUCUCCUCAUUUUCAGAAAUUAAAUAACAUAAUACAGUGUUAUAAUACAACCCCAAAUGUAGUACAUACAAUACUAUGAGCAACUGUGUAUGUUUCUCAUUUUGUUUGGUUUGUUGUCUGGAAAUACAGCACUGAAAUAGUUAAAGCAGUAUGUGUUCUUGUGUUCAGCUUUGACUUUUACACCAAUACUUGAAAAUGGGUCAGUUCUGGCAGAUAUUUAAAACUGUGAAAAUGCACAACAUUGGGGAAACAACCCCUGAAAAAAUAUAUAAAAAAGUUUUUUUUCAUGAAUGAAUAAAAUGUACAAAUGUUA